AGAAUCACUUCAGCUUCGGAAGCCCUAGUGCAAACAUGAGGCUAACUGCAGCGGUUAUUUUGCUAACUUUAACUCCAGUAUUUAACUGUGCUGAGUACAAAGACUAUAAGGAUUACAGACUCUACAAUGUCCAGGGUAAUAAUGAGAAUUUGAAGACUUUGGACGAUGUGCUACAGGAUUAUGAGGACUCAAUUCUGCUGCUGGAUGGAACCGCAGAUAGUGCCCAGGUUCUGGUAGCACCUUCAUCAUCAGCAGUCUUCAACGACCUCGCAGUUGAGAGGAACCUGAAGAUCACUCUUGUCACCGACGAUGUGUCAGAGUUACUGCUCUCGGAAAAAGGAAAUGAAAGAGCUCGCGGGAAGUACUCCUUCAAAGCCUACCACGAUGUUUCUGAGAUGCAAAACUUCAUAAAGAACAUAAGCAAGGCAUAUCCAGAGAUCACCGAAGUGAUCGUCGCCGGCAAGAGCUACGAAGGUAGACCUGUCAUGGGGAUCCGGAUAAAUACACCCACUGAAAGCAACAAGCCGGUGUUCUUCAUAGAGUCAGGUAUCCACGCGCGUGAGUGGAUCGGCCCAGCCACCACAACCUACUUCGUGCACCAGCUCCUCACCAGCGCCAACCCCAACAUCACGCGGCUCCGGGACCAGUUCGACUGGCGCAUCUUCCCCACAGUCAACCCUGAUGGCUACCAGUACAGCUACAGAUACGAACGCUACUGGAGGAAGACUCGCUCAAGGUCAGCCAACGGCUGCUUCGGAGCAGAUCCCAACCGCAACUGGGACCACAACUGGGGACAAUACUCCUCCAGCAACCGACCCUGCGACUACCAGACCUACGCUGGGUCGAAGCCUUUCUCCGAGGCGGAGACGAGGGCGCUGAGGGACUACCUAUCCACCAUCGACAACCUGCUCUUCUACGUCGCCUUCCACUCCUACGCAUCGCUGCUACUCAUACCGUACUCUGAUUCCACCGACCACGUGCAUAAUUACGACGAUUUGGUAAGAGUGGGUAAAGUGUCUUUGGAGUACGGCAAGAGAGUUGCCAAUUCGUCCUACGGUGGACCGGCGCCGGCUGCUGAGGUUUUGUACAAAGCGUCAGGUGGGAGUAUGGACUGGGUGUACCAAGCCCUAGGGGCGCCCCUGGUCUACACCUACGAGCUGCGCGGGGAUUCCUUCCACUGGCCAGCGUCCAGGAUCCCGGAGCAGGGGGAGGAGGUGACGCAGAUGAUACUGGGACUCGCUGACGGGGCCAACGCCUUGGGUUACUUCUGAUGACCAAAUAAAAAAUAUAUGUGACAGUUACCGAGCAA